AUAUGUCCUUUGAUGUCUCCUGGUUUGCUGUGCGCUCCUUUGCGUUGGACAGAGAGCCCGUCUUGCUGGCAUCACUGGACCGGAGAGGGAUUGUGACACAGAGCAGGAGAAAUGGGAGCAGUGAUCUCAGCCUGGAGAGAAUCAGCCCCCUGGAAUUCCGGCUCCGCGUGCAUGGCUGUGAAGACCAUGACUUUGGGAACCACUACUGCAUAGUGACCCCAUGGGUGCAAUCUGCCACCGGCGUAUGGCAGCGGGAACCUGACAUCAAAGCCAAACCCAUCUUUCUGUCUGUGAAAAUGGAUGUUCUGAAUGCUUUCAAGUAUCCCCUUCUGAUUGGCAUCGGUCUGGCCACUGCCAUUGGACUUUUAUCCUGCCUCAUUGGCUACUGCAGUUCUCGUUGGUGCUGCAAGAAGGAAGUGCAGGAAACAAGACGAGAACGUCGUCGGUUAAUGUCAAUGGAGAUGGACUGAGCGUGGGAGCCGGACACAUUUGCAUUUUGGGAGACUCACAAGGGCUCUUGGACUGUGCUGAGACACUUGCUCACAGGCCCAGACAAGACAGUGUGCUUCCUCUCUGAUUUCAGCCUGGACCU